GCUCCGGGGCCGGGGAUGGCGGCGGCCGCGGUUGCGGCGGCUCCGGGACGAGUGGGAGGAUCCCGGAGAGCGCUGUGAGAUGGGCCGGCUCCCAAGCCAGCCGGGAGGACACUUACUACAGCUGCUCAGAAGCACCACUGGAAGAUCAGCAGAUGUGGGCGCCUCAGCCAGCAGCAGAGAGGGGUGCAGGGAAGCCACAGAGAAGCCCCUUCUGAUGCCCCAAGGAGCAAGCCGACCCCUUCCUGGCUCCAGGAACAACACAAAGCAAUAUGAAACCUGUUCAUGAGAGGAGUCAGGAAUGCCUUCCACCAAAGAAACGAGACCUCCCCGUGACCAGCGAGGAUAUGGGGAGAACUACCAGCUGCUCCACUAACCACACACCCUCCAGUGAUGCUUCUGAAUGGUCUCGAGGGGUUGUGGUGGCAGGGCAGAGCCAGGCAGGAGCCAGAGUCAGCCUGGGGGGUGAUGGAGCUGAGGCCAUCACUGGUCUGACAGUGGAUCAGUAUGGCAUGUUGUAUAAGGUGGCUGUGCCACCUGCUACCUUCUCACCAACUGGUCUCCCAUCCGUGGUGAACAUGAGCCCCUUGCCGCCCACAUUUAAUGUAGCGUCUUCACUGAUUCAACAUCCAGGAAUCCACUAUCCCCCGAUCCACUAUGCUCAGCUCCCGUCCACCUCACUGCAGUUUAUAGGGUCUCCUUAUAGCCUUCCCUAUGCUUUGCCACCUAAUUUCCUACCGAGUCCCCUCCUUUCUCCUUCUCCCAACCUUGCCACGUCUCACCUUCCACACUUUGUGCCAUAUGCCUCACUCCUGGCAGAAGGAGCCACUCCUCCCCCUCAGGCUUCAUCCCCAGUCCACUCAUUUAACAAAGCCCCCUCUGCCACCUCCCCACCUGGACAAUUGCCACAUCACUCUAGUACUCAGCCAUUGGACCUUGCUCCAGGCCGGAUGCCCAUUUAUUAUCAGAUGUCCAGGUUACCUGCUGGGUAUACCUUGCAUGAAAACCCUCCAGCAGGCGCUAGCCCAGUUCUUUCCCCUCAGGAGGGCCAGUCUGCUCUGGAAGCAGCUGCUGCCAAUGGAGGACAGAGACAGCGAGAGCGAAAUUUAGUAAGACGGGAAAGUGAAGCCCUUGACUCCCCCAACAGCAAGGGAGAAGGCCAGGGACUGGUGCCAGUGGUAGAAUGUGUGGUGGAUGGACAGUUGUUUUCAGGUUCUCAGACUCCACGGGUAGAGGUGGUGGCGCCAGCACACCGAGGGACCCCAGACACCGACCUUGAAGUUCAGCGGGUGGUUGGCGCUUUAGCUUCUCAGGACUACCGUGUGGUGGCAGCUCAGAGGAAAGAUGAACCCAGUCCCCUCAACCUGUCCCAUCAUACCCCUGACCAUCAGAGUGAGGGGCGAGGGUCGGCCAGGAACCCGGCAGAGCUGGCAGAGAAAAAUCAGGCCCGUGGGUUCUACCUUCAGUCUCAUCAGGAAUCGGUGAAACACAGACAUUUACCCAAAGCAAUGGUUGUAGCCAACGGCAACCUGGUGCCCUCUGGAACUGACCCAAGCCUGCUCUCCAUGGGCUCAGAGAUACUGGUGGCAUCAAGUCUGGACUUGCAGGCCAGAGCCACCUUCCCAGACAAGGAGCCAACGCCACCCCCCAUUACCUCCUCCCACUUGCCCUCCCAUUUCAUGAAAGGCGCCAUCAUCCAGCUGGCUACGGGGGAGCUAAAGCGGGUGGAGGACCUCCAGACCCAGGAUUUUGUGCGUAGUGCCGAAGUAAGCGGAGGACUGAAGAUUGACUCUAGCACAGUUGUAGACAUUCAGGAGAGCCAGUGGCCUGGAUUUGUCAUGCUGCAUUUCGUGGUUGGUGAGCAGCAGAGCAAAGUGAGCAUCGAGGUGCCCCCCGAGCAUCCCUUUUUUGUAUAUGGCCAGGGUUGGUCCUCCUGCAGCCCUGGACGGACUGCACAACUCUUCUCUCUGCCCUGCCAUCGGCUACAGGUUGGAGAUGUCUGCAUCUCUAUCAGUUUACAGAGCUUGAACAGUAAUUCAGUUUCUCAGGCCAGCUGUGCUCCCCCAGGCCAGCAGGGUUUCCCCCGAGAAAGGCCUGAGAGGACAGUCUUGGGAUCCAGAGAGAUAUGUGACAGUGAGGGGAAGAGCCAGCUGGCAGGAGAGGGCUCCCGUGUGGUAGAGACCUCCCAGCCUGAGCCUGGUGCUCAGGCCUGCUGGCCAACCCCGAGCUUCCAAAGAUACAGCAUGCAAGGAGAGGAGGCCCGGGCUGCAUUGCUUCGUCCCUCUUUCAUUCCACAGGAGGUAAAGCUGUCCAUCGAAGGACGUUCCAAUGCGGGAAAAUGAACCUCUUUGCUAGACCAGGACUGGGGCUUUACUCCAGAGCUGAGCCUCGCAGAGAGCAGGCAGAGGAUUUGCACAUGCUGAGCAGGGAAUGGCUCUCUUGGCAGUGAGAUUUGGGGAUAAAGGGGAGGUGUAAAGGCAACCUCCUGAGGCAGGAUCUGUUGCUCAUUACCCCAUGGAAUCCUUUCAGGACAGCCCCACAGGGUGCUGUGAUGGGGAGCAGCUGGCCUGGGGCAAGGAAGGAAGGGGGUGCACACAAGAUAAGAAACAUUCCAAAAUCAGGGCCUCCCUGUCCUUUCCUCCCCAUCCCUAGCUCCUGUAAGGGAAAGCCCAGGCUUUGGGAGCAACUGAUGGAGGGAGGGAGCAAAGAAAGAGCCAAAAAUGAUGAUCCACAGCUUAUAGUAGCAGUUAAACUGUCUGAAGUUCUUUUUCUUUCUUUUUUGUGGUGGGAGGGCAGGAGGCCCCACAGUUGGAAAUAAGAGGGUUCCCACCCAGAACCCUUCUUGUGAGAGAUGUGCACUUUAAAGGGUGAUUUUGUUACAGAUGUCUGUGGCUGGGUUUAUGGGGGAGGAGCACUCAUCUACAGGACUCUGCUUGAUCCUCUGCUUCAUACCUUUCCCAUUUCUUCUCACCAUUCCUCCUACAAGGCUUUUUAGCAGCUUGGGGGCCAGGACAGAGAGAGAAACCCCUCCAUGGAUCAGAGUGAAGUACUGCCUUGCUGGGGACCCAGUUGGGGGACUUUGGGAGAAAGACCAGAUAGCCAGGCUGACUGGGCUGUAGGCAGGGCUUCUGGAAAUGUAGCUGACCUAACAAAGCUCCUCCUUCUCAGCAUGCCAGGCCCACUUUGAAAUUUCAGUGACUGUCUAGUUGGUAAUGGGGACUUUUGAAAGAACCAGUGGACCCUUAUCCCAGGCACCUCCACCCCUCCUUUGUCUAUGUUGUGCUUAAGUGCCUGCCCUGCCCCCACCCUUGUGCUGCCCUAACCUCCCUGCAUGGUGUCUUGUCCUGGGCCUCAUUUGUGGCUGUACUGCCUUUCCUCUUCUGCAAAAUUGCUUUUGUCCUCUCUGACCAAGACCUCUAGUUGGUGUGUAGGGGUCUCUUAUUUUCCCUUCAGCUAUAAUCUCUGUUUUUAAAAACUCAAGAUCAUGUCCUUCCUCUUCCACUGCCAAACAGCUUGGUGGAGAAACAAGAAGGGAACUAUGCCCUAGGCUGUCCCCUCACCGCCAGCUUUAAGAUAGUCUUAAUAACAUUUCAAUAUCUGAAGUAGAUUUUAUUUUGAGGUGGUGUGUUCCUCCACAGAGAGUAUUCUUAAUCUUAAUUACAUUUGCCCCUCUCCACUGCCUUCCCCCACCAUGUCUUAAGCUCACGUUUUCUUCACAACUUUUUGCAUCAGCCUGGACUGUAGGAUUCCAAUGAGUAUUGGGAAUUAGGCUCCCCCACCAGCUUUCAGGUGGGAGGGGAGAUUUUUUUGUUUGUUUUCUGAGAGUCUUUUAGACUCUUGAAGGCAACUCAGGGUAUUGUCCACCGAGCUCUCCAGUUAGGCUUCUCCCAGGAUAUGAUCCUGGCAUUUCGUUUGCAGAUGUACUGGGACUGAAUGAGUCCUGGCCUGUCAUCAGUAGUCCCAAACCUCUGAGGUCUGAUCUCUGCUCUGUCAAAGACUUUAGGCAAUUCUUGUGACCUCUGGUUCUUUCACUUCCUCCCCAGCUGCCAAAUGGGGAUAAAUAAUCUUACCUACCUCCUGGGGGGAGGGGAAGUUCUGAGAAUGGAGUCAUUCUUAGUGUUCAGGUGCUAAAGGUUGUUCUCCUGGGGGAACAGAGUGACUGCAACUGGCUUGUUUGUUACAAGCCCUACACUCCACUGUUCCAUUCCUUGAGAACAGUUACCUGGUCAGUCAGCUUUUGGAGGUCAUCCAAAGGAAGCUAUUGACCACACCACGAGUACAUCAGUCUCUGGUUCAUGUUAGAACCAGACACCAACCUUGUAUUGCAUUUGGGAUCGUGCCCUUUCCCUUCUCUGUCCCCCAUCCUCUCUGAAUGCUGCUUUUUCUGGCUUGUGUCCUACAGUGGGGGCCUGUGGGGUUGAGUCUGGAAGUAUCUCCUCACAUGAGAACCUUGGGAGAAGGCCUCAUCUCUGGCUGUUCCAUGAGCAGCUCAUUCCUUGGGAUUAUUGUUUGCACAGGUUUCUCACAAGAGUCUUUCUUCAUAGGAAGGCUCAUGACCUGAAUAUAGUGACAUGCACACACUAGAUGCUCAAGAAACAUCUACCAAGGACACCAACAGAGCUUCCUCCUUGUGGGAGCAAACCUUUAUCUAACCAGAUACGGGCCAAGUAGAUUAAAUCAAAUCACCCUCCACUCAUGCUAGUUGUGAUUUCCCAGGCUGGUAACUUUUGCUGAAUCCUGGGAAGAAAUUCUUGGGGUUCUUGGCAAGUAGGGCCCUAACCUUUCUGCUGCUGUUCCUCUUUUGUCUCUUGCUGGUGAAACAAUACCAGCAGCUCCCCUAAUAUCGUGCCAUGCAUGUGUAAAAUAUUAGUACUUGAUUUUGCUGAGCUGUAAAAGUAUCUUUCAUAAAGUAUGGUCCACCAGGAAAAGAAGCUCUGCACUCUAAAUCUUAGAGCUGUGGCAUUCCCCUUGCCUUUUCCCUCUGGUUCAGUCUUUUUUUCCAGGCAUGAGAAAUAAGAAUAACCUGUGGUGUAUCCAUUGUUCUUUAUUGGAAUUUCCUAAGUUUGCAGGAAACAUGAGAGCAGUUUUUAGAGAAUAAACAUUUUAGUGGGAAGUUGUCAGCUUUUGGGGAUUGGGCAGUUGACAAAGCUAGAGCCAGUCCCUUUUCAGUGGCAGGACAUUCCCAGAUCAUAGGGAUAGAAAGGAAAACUGCUAACUCUGGCACUGUACAGACAUGCCUAUACCAAUUUGGGAGAAGGGGAACCGGUAAAGGAUGGGUAAUAACCUAAGUCUUGGAUCAUCAUUCUUAUCAAGAUUAGUGUUCCCAAGGGGAGGGGCCCCAGCAGAUCUGUACUGACUCUUAUAUACUCUUGGUCCCAGUCGGUUGUAACACCAAGGGCUUUGCUCUGUGCUGCUUUGCCACUGCUGCUGUCUGCUCACUGUCCUGCCUGCUGCCCUCUAUAGCUCUCUAUCCUUCCAUGUCUUUGACCAUGUAGAUUAAAUCCAGGCAUUCUGCCCAUUCUUACCUGUGUUCUGCCAGUGUUAUUUUAUAGCAAAGUCAUGUUGAAUAGGAAUGGUAUGAAAUGCUGCUGGUGGGCUGGUGAAUCCAAAGGGAUAUGGCUCCAGGACUGUCAGGAGCCCUUUGGCUCCAAAUGUCUGAUUGUCUUGAGGGAGAAACAAGCAAGUCCUCUUAGUGGGUAUUUUCUGUUGUACUAACUUCUUUCCUUUGUGGUAUCUUGUAUCAUGUUUUAGAAACUAAAUGAGGGGGAGCCAUGUUAGGGCCUAUGCCAGCAUCCCAGCAAGGUUCAUCUAGCUACAGUUACAAGGAUUCUGGGGUUGGGAAAGGGUUUGAAGUUUGUCUGAAAUAGCUCCUCAAGUGGGGUUUAGUUUUAUUUUUACCAGUGGGCAUCUUAGGCAAUUUAGGGAGAAGCACAGGUUGGUGAUGUGAUUUAAACCUAAAGCGUGCAGGCAUAUUGAAGAGCUGGAUGAUUACUCUGGAGAUGAAGGGUGAACAUGGGUUGACUAGGAAAGGACCUGGGUCCAUUGGAGUAAAGAAAACCUUAUUAAUUGAAUUGGCCAUGGGAGAUUAAGUCACAGUCCUAUAAGCAGAGUAAAUAGGAUAGAGGCCAAGUUUUAGGGAGAUAUUUUGGCCUCCUAGGGCUAUGUUUACUAAACCACGUUGAAGCUACAGUGCUUUCCAGAUUGCAAGAAAUGUACACUACAAUUGAAGAACUGAAUCAUACUAGAUUGGAUGUUGAUCAGGAACCUUUGCUGGGAAGCCUUCACCCUCCAGCUUUCCUGGAGUAGGGAAGGUCUCCCACAUUAUGCAAUAAUAAAAUAAACAUCUGGGUCUUUGCAACUGUCAGUUGCUCUUUUCAACUCUAGGAUCCAUCUUUGGACCAGAAGCCUGGUCGGGGCCUAGGAUGACACUGGUCCUCAAGAUGCUAGAGUUGACUGCACGCUCUCCUUACCUGCAGACUAUGCACAGUGCCUAGGGCAGAAGGAGGAGAGGUGGUGUGGUUUGCCCUGUUGAGCCUCCCUAGCAGGAACAGUAGUAAUAAAUGCACUUUUCACACUAAAGGUUUCUUUAUUAGUUCUAUUAAGCCUACAUCCUCCCCCAGUAGAUUGCAAACUCAAAGCCUGUGUGAUCCCAAAGCCAUUUCACUGCAAAUGCCCUGCAGUGAAGAUGGCCUCAAAUUGGGUUUCUGUCUGCAGUGUGUGUGGCAGUAACCCAUGUGCCUUUACCUAUUGUCAAAUUUGCAAGCAUUCACUUCUGUCUUUAUGACUGUAAUGGGGACUGAGGUUCUUCAGAGAGAAAGAGAGCGUGAGAGAGCUGAUAACACAGUGGUUUUACACCCACCCCCUGGACAGGGAGUUUGCACGUAAUUGUGAGUUGUGAGUGGUUAGUGCGUUGCUGGUAUUGCUGAAGGCAGGGUGGAUCCCUCACUUGCUUAAUACUCAUAUUCAAGAGAAUCUAGAUUGUGCUGGGGAAGAGACUGACUGUACUUAUGGCUAACUUAAAAGUAUUAAAAUAAGGCUGUCCCCUACAAACUUCCUAGUCACACAGGAUCCCUAUAGCCAAAACAGUAUAUGUUCCAGCUGCAGAGAGUAGACUGCUCUCAGCUUGCACAGCACCUUAGGGGAGGGAAGAAUAUAUGGAUAGGGAAUGGGGUGGAGAAUGAAGAAUGGGAAUGUUGUCAUCCAGGUGGCUUUAGGGUCCUUAGGAGUGGAGAAGGACGGCACUGGGGAGGUCUGGAUGGAUCUGAUUUGUGUAGGAGUUCCCUGUAGAUAAAUUACUGAUCCCCCAACUACUAUCCCCAGUAUGUAAUGGCUGAAUUAAUAUGUAAUCAACUGCAUUGUAUCUAAAGCCUUAGAACUAGUCAGGUGCUCCCCCCACCCAAACCAAUUCUUACCCUCUAAUCCUACCUGAUCUUUAACAAAGCAUUAAUAAUUCUAAGGAUAAUCUCUAUUUUGUUGUGCUUUUUUGUAACUGUUUUAAAUAAAUCAAUUUGUACUGUAUAUUUGUACUUUUGUGAGAUCCUUUUUGCUGUUUUACCAUUUUAAGUCUCUGUACUUGGCUACAUACAGAUUGUAUUUUUAUUGUUAAUGCUCUUCUUAUGGAUACCUGCAUUUAACUUGUGGACUAUGUA